AUGUCUCAUCAAAAGCGGCCACAGCUCACGUUAGCUGUGCCGGAAACGCUUCAAGUCCUCGAUAUGGGACUCGACUUUAGGUCGUACUUGUCCCGUGUCGAUGAAAGUGGUGUGCCUAUCCUAGGAAAUGUGAUUUCCUAUGGAGUGGCUAAGGUGCCCGAUAUUUUUGAGCCCACUGUCGGGCUUCUUGUGACAGUUCUUCACCUUUUUUCGCAAAGUGGUUCGGGCAGUUCGGCGACCAUGUGGCUCAAGACUUAUGAUACAGUUCAAAAAGUGUAUCUGGAACAACAAGAGGACCACGCUGAUACCGAUGGCGCAAAGUAUGCCCAGGCUGCGCGCGACUUCAUUGCAUCGCAGCUGAAUCUAGCCGCUUCCCCCGACAACCGUGUAAUCACUGAGCGUCUUUUUGCCUUUUUGGACUACCAGAGUGGUAUUCGCGGCCCACAGGCACCCUCUCAGCGAAAGAUUCCUCGCGAUCCAAAAGGGGCAUUUUGCAACCUGCACUUAGCUGACCACAAAUGCUACCAAGAAUUUUCAUGCAAUCAACUUCACUUGCACGAGGCCGGACCUGUGCGCCACCGCAUCAACUUUCUUCAGAAGCUAGCUGAGAUUAUGAUGGCUGAGGAGAGACCUCGUGCAGAAGUAGUCAAGCGGGUGAAGGACUCGAUUUUCUUUGCUCGGUACGGUAACAAGGUCACGGUGCGGUGUCACAACAAUUGGAUUCCGUUUUUCAAGACACUUUACACUGACGGACGCCUGGAGCAGGCAUUUCGCUCCAACAUGUACUCAUGUCAAAACUUGAACUGUACAGAUGAGCAUUGCAAGGGUAUUCACCCGCAAGAUCGCCGAGUGCCUCCUGCAACAAAGCCAAUUGAUCUGCAUAACGCACAGCAGGUGGCACUAGAGCUAGAUGAGGAAGCUGAGCAUGUUGUUAGUGCAGUGGAAAAAGCCAAGUCUGCUCCUGAAUUACCUCCGGCAAUGACCCUGGCAUCACCGCUUUCUGUGUUAUCUCCAACAGCUGAACUAUGGAGAAACACCGUUCGGGAUUACGUGCGUCAAUCUGGAAUUCCUCAGGUAGAGGCUGACGAGUCUCUCUUGCGCACACUUCAAGAUACAAAGGUGACGGGGACACCGCUCUCGACCUCGGAACGGAUGACGCCGUUGCUGGUUGAGUUGGAUAAUUAUGCGUUCAAUAGCAGUCAGUCAUCGAUCAAUAGCGAGACACGGUCUUAG